AAUUCAAAGUUAGGAACUAUCUUCAUAAUUUAACCUAAAUUUUGAAUGAAUUUUGGAUGAUAAAGUUCGAAGGUUUGAAAAGGGGAAGAUUUAAAAAUUCAAAUGUUGUAGAAGAUAACAGCCAUUAGGUAGCUUCACCAAUAUAAUCUAACACCCAUUUUGUACCAACCACGAGUCGGCUUCGGCAGCAAUCCCAGAAGUCAAAGACAAUCCCUCAUGAUUCAGAAGCCACCGGUGGAUCACCCACCCCCAUCUCUCCGCCUCAUGCCUUUCUUCAACUUCCUGAUUUAUAUAUAUAUCUUACAGCCCCUGCAGCUCUGAAUUCAUUGCCACAGAGCUUUGUUCAAAUUAGUUAAGACAAGAAAUCAAUGGAAAUGAAGCCUUGGACAGGAACCUUGACGGCAAUGCUACUCGUACUGGCUUCCGCCAUGGCGUUUCAAGGCCGUGCUCAAGACACUUCCUGCAUGAAUAGGUUAAUUCCAUGCCUAAAUUACCUGAACGGAACUCGAGAUCCGCCGUCGAGCUGCUGCAAUCCUCUGAAAUCGGUGAUCGACUCCAAUCCCGAUUGCCUCUGCGCUUUAAUCAGCAGAGACGGAAGCGAUCGAGCAGAGCAAGCCGGCAUCGAUGUCAGCCAGGCUCAACUCCUGCCCGGCCGAUGCGGCGAACAUGUUAAUCCGCUCUCUUGCCUCGCCGCCGCCAAUAACGCCCGCUCGCUCUCCAUCUCUUCCACUCUGCAACUGAUUUCGCUUACGAGUACCGCAUCGCUUCUCAUGUCUGGAGUUCUUCGCUUUUAGGGUUUUUGUAUCCAUUAAUGCCCCUCUCCAUUUUAGAGGCUUAUAUAAUGUGACCUUUUGUUUUAAUGGCA